GAAAUUUGAUGUCUUGAAUUUUGUUCCCACUGCAUUCGAUUCCUUGGUCUUCUAUAAAAUGCCCACAACUGCUCCAGCAGAUCAGCGCAACAAACUCCCACAACACUGAAAAUUCCAUAUCCAUUUUCUCCUCCCAACUAUUCCAAAUCCAAUCUCUUUUUCCAUAUUCACAGAUCCCAAGAAUUUAAGAACCGCAAGAAAUGGGUACCUAUCGCAGCCGUGAAGGCCAAGACUUAUCGUCAGACACAGAUUCAGAAUACCAAUCUGACGAAGAAGAACCCAUUUACGACUACGUAGAACGCCAGGAAACCCCACAAGCCACUUCCUCGUCAAAGAAAACCCUCGAUGAAAUCGAUUCCAAGCUCAAAUCCCUCAAACUCAAAUACCCUCCAAAUUCCCAAACUACCAUCAACCCCGUCAAGCUCUACCUUCAUAUCGGUGGCAACACGCCAAAUGCUAAAUGGGUCCUCUCUGACAAACGCACUUCUUAUAAAUUCAUAAAAAACAACGGCCCUGAUGAUUCCGAUUCUGAUCAUGAUGAAAGUCGAGGAGAUGGUGAUUCUUUUUGGGUUCUGAAAGUGGGGUCUAGAGUGAAAGCUAGGGUUUCUAUGGAAAUGCAAUUGAAAAUGUUUGGUGACCAAAGGAGAGUCGAUUUUGUCAAUAAGGGUGUGUGGGCUUUGAAGUUUUUUAGUGAUGAAGAGUAUAGAAAGUUUGUUAGUUUAUUUCAAGAUUGUUUGUUUGAAAAUGUUCAUGGGCUUAGUGCCACUGAAGAAAAUAAGUUGAAAAUUUAUUCUAAGGACUUUAUCGGGUGGUUUAAGCAUGAAAUAGCUGACGAUUCGAUGUGGGAAGAUGCGGUGGAGGAGGAGGAUAGUAAGAGUGGUAAGCAGCCAGUGCGUGUUGAUCAGGAUUUAUUGGAGGAGUUUGAGGAAGCGGCGAAUGGGGAUGUGCAAAGUUUGAGUUUAGGUGCUUUAGAUAAUAGUUUUUUGGUUAAUGAUUUGGGGGUUCAAGUUUUCAGGAAUUAUAGUAAAGGGAUUCAUGGGAAGGGUAUUUGUGUGAAGUUUGAUAGUAAUAGGAGUGGAGGGUCUAGUUUGGAGCAGUCUACGCCAAAGAAGGCAAUGUUAAUGAAGGCGGAGACAAAUAUGAUGUUAACAAGUCCAUUCAAGGAAGGGAAGCCACAUUCUACUGGGAUUAAACAGCUUGAUAUUGACACGGGGAAGAUCGUGACUGAGUGGAAGUUUGAGAAAGAUGGGACUGAUAUAACCAUGAGGGAUAUAACAAAUGAUACUAAAGGGUCGCAAUUGGAUCCGUCUGAGAGUACGUUUUUGGGGUUGGAUGAUAAUAGGUUGUGUCAAUGGGACAUGAGGGAUAAGAGAGGGAUAGUGCAGGAUGUUGUUAAGGGUGGCGAUUCACCUGUUUUGAAUUGGACUCAGGGGCACCAGUUUUCUAGAGGGACUAAUUUUCAGUGCUUUGCUAGUGCGGGUGAUGGGUCGAUAGUUGUCGGAUCGCGUGAUGGGAAGAUUAGGUUGUAUUCCAGGACAUCAAUGAGGCAGGCUAAGACAGCUUUUCCAGGGCUUGGUUCGCCAAUCACUCAUGUGGAUGUUACAUAUGAUGGGAAAUGGGUGUUGGGGACAACUGACACAUAUUUAAUCCUCAUUUGCACUCUGUUUACAGACAAGGAUGGAAAGACUAAGACUGGUUUUAGUGGUCGAAUGGGAAAUAAGAUACCAGCUCCAAGAUUGUUGAAGCUAACUCCUUUGGAUUCUCAUAUGGCUGGUGCGAGUAAUAAAUUUCAUGGUGGCCAUUUCUCAUGGGUCACUGAGAAUGGUAAACAAGAGCGUCACCUCGUCGCAACAGUGGGCAAAUUCAGCGUGAUAUGGGACUUCCAGCGUGUGAAGAACAGCGCUCAUGACUGCUACCGGAAUCAGCAAGGUCUCAAGAGCUGUUAUUGUUAUAAGACUGUGCUGAAGGACGAGUCUAUUGUAGAAAGCCGUUUCAUGCAUGACAAGUAUGCUGUUAGUGGCUCUCCGGAAGCUCCACUUGUGGUGGCAACCCCAAUGAAAGUCAGCUCUAUCAGCCUUUCUGGCAAACGAUCACGCGGCUGAAAAUGAACCAUCUUUGUCUAUUUGGCUGUUCUUUUCCUCUUGUGCAGCUCACUUCUGCUAUUUUCAGUUCAGUUUGUUUCAUUUUCCCCAUCUUCUAUCUGAGUGUGGCUUCUGCUUGUAUCUCGUGUGAAUCUUUACCUUUUUCUCACCGUUAGUUUUGUGAAUAGUUUAUUUCUUUAGGUGAAUGAAAGCAUGGCAGAGGGUUUCUUGCAAAUUGUGAUAUUAAUACAACCCUUUAAAUCUUGUUUAUAAA